AUGGCAGUUGGUACAGUCCUUAAAAAUGGUACACGGAAUAAACUCAUUCCGAAAAAUAACAAUGAAAUGUAUGUAAGCUAUAAAAAGAAUGAUGGUACACAAGUUAAAGUUCCAUUAGACAACAACUGCUACUUAAACUUAUAUGGAGACGAACAAAAGAAAUAUUUAAGAGUUUAUGAAAUGGCAGAUAUGACAUUGCCUGACCCAGCUCCAGCACCACAUUAUUAUGACUAUGGAGAUGACGACAGAACACCACAUGUAGAUGAACAAAAGCUAACAUUAUAUUUAGAUUAUUAUAGAUAUAAAAGAUAUAAUGCAAUAGAAAAAACGAGAAUAGUAUAUUAUUAUACAGAUGACAGAAAUAAAUAUUAUAGUCAAGAUUUUACCUACCCUGAAAACAUAAGAUUAUAUUAUAAAAAAUAUUCUGACACAAACCAGAAGAAACCUGAAAUAGUUGCACUAUAUUUUAAGUUCAAAAGAGACAAUCCUAUAAUAUCUCAUAUGUUUGAUUUAAUGAACCCAGUAGGUUCUAUUUAUACAUCUAUGGAAGCAAGAGGUCCUCAAGUAAUGUUUGGUGUUGGUGCAUGGGAACAAAUAGUCGACAGGUUUUUGUAUUGUGCAAACUCUUCAAAGGAAACAGGUGGAAGUAAAACGAUUUCAGGUGAAAAUUUACCUGCACACAGUCAUUCCAUAGAUUUAAGUACAUCUCAAGCAGGUUGGCAUAAGCAUAGAUAUUGGGAUUGGUCAGGAAUGACAAAAGGUAAAGGAUAUGAUGUUAAAGACGACGUUAAGUUUGCUAUAA